CUUUCUCCAUCCCAGAAAUCAGCAGAUCUCGCGCGCGUCCGCGACAAUCAACGCCGAAGCCGUGCUCGUCGCAAAGAAUACCUCCAAGAACUCGAAACCAAAUAUUGGACGUGCGAACAAGUCGGCGUGGGAGCUUCUGCGGAAAUUCAAGCUGCUGCGAGACUAGUCGUGAAUGAGAAUAAACGCCUUCGAGCAUUGUUGAUGAAAUAUGGG